UGCCUUGCACUCUAGUGUUAUAUGGUAGAAAUGUAUACUAUUUGUUUUGCUGGUCUCUUCUUUUUAUAUUAAACACUUAUUUUUCUUCCCCCUGAAAGCACCACUUCUUACCCUGUUCUCUAAGUUUUAUUGGCUAUGUUUCAUUGUCUCUAAUAUUCAUUAGCAUACUGUCUUUAAUUCAUUGGCUUGCAGUGCUGGCAUCCCAUAUCACUGAGGCAGAUUGUAUCCCAGCUGUUCUGCUUCUGAUCCAGCUCCCUGCUAACAUGCCUGGAAAAGCAGUAGAAAAUGCCAAGUACAUGGGCCUGUGUCACCCAUGUAGAAUACCUGGAUUGAUUUCCUGGCUCCUGCCUUCAAACUGGCUCAGACCUGAGCAUUGCAAAAAUUUGGAGCCAUGGAUCCUGUCAACCACACCUGGACCCAGAGUUUCAUCCUUGCUGGUUUCACUAUCACUGGGACCCUACGACCUCUUGUUUUCUUGGGGACCCUGUGCAUCUAUCUCCUCACCAUUGCUGGGAACUUGUUCAUCAUUGUCCUGGUCAGAGCAGACUCUGGACUGUCCACACCCAUGUACUUCUUCAUCAGCGUCCUCUCUUUCCUGGAACUCUGGAGCCAUGGAUCCUGUCAACCACACCUGGACCCAGAGUUUCAUCCUUGCUGGUUUCACUAUCACUGGGACCCUACGACCUCUUGUUUUCUUGGGGACCCUGUGCAUCUAUCUCCUCACCAUUGCUGGGAACUUGUUCAUCAUUGUCCUGGUCAGAGCAGACUCUGGACUGUCCACACCCAUGUACUUCUUCAUCAGCAUCCUCUCUUUCCUGGAACUCUGGUAUGUCAGCACCACAGUGCCCACACUGCUCCAUACCCUGCUCCACGGGUGCUCACCAAUCUCGUCGGCCGCAUGCUUUAUCCAGCUGUAUGUCUUCCAUUCCUUGGGCAUGACUGAGUGCUACCUGUUGGGUGUCAUGGCACUGGACCGCUACCUUGCCAUUUGCCGCCCACUCCGCUACCCAGCACUGAUGAGCAGACAGGUACAGCUUUGGCUAGCUUUGGCCAGUUGGGCGGCUGGCUUCUCAGCUGCCCUUGUGCCAGCCAGCCUCACAGCCACUUUGCCUUUCUGCUUGAAAGUGGUGGUCCAUUACUUUUGUGACCUGGCACCACUAAUGCAGCUGGCAUGUGUGGACACAAGCUGGCAUGCUCAGAUCUAUAUUGUAGUGAUUGCAAUGAUUAACAUAUGUGAUCUUGUUCUCAUUUUAGGACUCUAUGGGGGCAUCCUCAAAGCCAUACUAAAGCUGCCCUCAGCUGCUAGUCGUGCUAAGGCUUUCUCCACCUGUUCUUCCCACAUAACUGUAGUGGCACUGUUCUUCGGCUCUGCUUUCAUUGUCUAUGUGGGACCCCCUGGGAUUCAAGCUGAGGGCAUAGAUAAGAUUAUUGCCUUGGUGUAUUCUCUUCUUACCCCUUUUCUCAAUCCCGUUAUAUAUACCCUUCGUAACAAGGAGGUGAAGGAGGCUUCCAGAAGAGUGACCCAGAAGAUUGGAUUUGCUUUGAAGAGACUCUAAGGAGCUGUAGCAUCACUGCGCAUCCACUAGGCCAUCACAGAAUUAAUAGGAUUGGUUAGUUGAGUAAAUCAAUUAAUCAGCUAAUCAAUUCAAUAAUUUAUGAAACAGAAAAUUAAAUUAAAAUGGAUUGGGACAGAUUGGUAAAUGUGGAGUUAGGAGAAACAUGGUCUCUGAACAGACUAACAUAGAAGAAAGAAUACAUUAGUGAAAAACAAUGAAAACUAGAAUAAAUAAAAAGUCUUUAUGUAGACUUAAGAAUUUAUAGAUCAACCUAUGUUAAGAGAAUUUGAUAGAAGCUAGUUGUGGGGCUUUGGUUACAAAAGGGUUCCUUGAAAAGGGUUUAGCAGAUGGGAAGCGAAAUUAACAAAAAGAAAAAUAUAAGGACACCUCGGAUAUGAAUUCAUGUAUUAAUUGUGAGCCAUGAGGAUAGGGAUAAAAAAGUGUGGAACCGAGUUUUCAUGAGAGAUCCUGCAAUAAAAGGAAUUGUGAAGCCGGAGCUGAAAACGUACUCAUUGAUGGGGAAAAGCAAGAUAUUGGAAUUUGGGGACUGGCUAUAUGGAUAGUCUGAAGUGAAUUAUAGAAAUGUAUACCGUACUUUGUAUUUGAAAUCUUAGUCAAGCAGGAAACAUCAUUAAUGUAGUCCCUUGUGUACAAAACUAGCUCUGGAGAAGAUAUGAAAACAUAGACACAAUUUGUGUUUUCAAAGACAUUACAGUUUUAGUUUUGAGGAAUCAAUUCUGUCUUUCUUGUCUUCUCUCUUUUCCACUUCUCCUGGUUUGUUCCUCUUUCUUUCUCUCUUUAUUCUACACAUGCAGAGACCAGGAGGAGCAACAGUACAUCGAGUGACACUAAGGGACUGUCUUUUUUCACUUUGCAGUAUGGGUAUCUGUGGUAGUUCUAGGCAAUGAAAAGCAGUGCAAAGGAGUAGCAUGGAUCAGCAAGAAGGGGAUGUAAAAAGAGUAAGUUAAAAGUUACCAAGGUGGAGUCUUAAUACCCUGGUCGUCUAGUUGGCACUCCUCUGAAAGUUCUCUUCAGACUAGGUAAGGAACUACAGUAUCCUCCUAGGAGAUUUCAUGUCUCAGAAUAGCAUGACCACAACUCUACUGAAAAUAUCAGAAUAACAUUAAUAUUUGCAAUAAGAACUCUGGGCAUCAUUACUCUCUCUCUCUCUCUCUCUCUCUUUUUAAAGAAAUUAGACAAAUGAGAUUUUGGUUUUCUAUUUUUGGAUAAUUAGGUCAAAAUGUUUUCUUUGUAAUGAAAGGAUGAGUUGGUGGAGGAAAAUUUGAGAUGACAUACAUUGGCAUUUGGUUCCUGCUAAAUUCAGCAAUCCCGACUAAGAGCACAGACUGUUUAGUGACCUAUGUAUCAAAUGGGGAUGUUGUCCAAUUUGUGUUCUUUCUAUGGGAGUGUACCCUUAAAUAAAUUUUCUCUGCUAUGACAUUUAAAGUGUUCCACUUAAAGGGAAACCCAAUAUAAUGUUAUUAAGACAAGAUUAAUCCUUAGGAAGGAAAAUCAAUUGUAGAAACAAAAAUCUGUGAUCCUUUACCUUUUCAUGUCAAAACUAUUUUUUUUUUUUUGUGGUGAGCAAUAACUAAGUUGAAGUCAGAGGAUAAAUCAAAUACACAAUGUUUGAAGACUUACUUAGAACAAAUGCCACUCCCACUAGGAAACUGAACCAUUGAACUUGGGAUUCAGGUGAUGCUUAAGAAGUUAUCUGGUCAAAAUUCCCUGUUUUCACAGAAGAUCAAGCUGAAGUCAAAAGGUGGGAAAUAUAACUUAAGCAAGAUCGCAGGGCAGUUUAGAAGUAAGCUGCGAAUGGGAUAGCACCAAGGUUUCCAUCCCUUUCCAUUAUACCAUUAUGCGAUUUAGGCUCUCGUUUUUGUUCUUUUUUCUUUUGUCCAAGACAAGCAGCACCAUGCAGCAGAAGGGGUGGGAAUGUGGAUUCAGUGAGCCAUAGACUUCCUCUGGUGCCUGUCUUUCCCAUAGAGGAAUUCUGUACCCGAAGAAACAUGCUCUGCCAUGGAAGUUUACAGGCUUUCCUGGUCAGCCUGUCUGCUCUCGGCCUCUUGCAACUUCUACCUAUUUUUUCCCUAGAAGUAACUCUGAACUCUGUAGUCUGAUUAUAUAGGAAUCCAUGGUUCCAUAGAAAUAUCUUUUAUGGGUGAAUGUUCUGUGUCUAUUUCCUCAUUAAAUCUCCUAGAGCAGGAAAAUGGAUAAAUGUUUUUCCAAAAUGAAUUGAUAGGGAGAAUGUAAACUUAGUCAAAAAACAAAGAUCUUAUCAUGCUGUAUUAUUAUGAUAAAGGACAUCCUUUAAAUUAUGUGGCAGACCUAAUGAAGUAUGAAAAGCAUUUCUUUCAAGAUCAAGAACAGAACAAGAUUAAUGACAACACAACUUCUAUUUAAUAUUGUACAGGCUGUACUGACUAAUGUAGCAAAUAAGCAAAAACAGAAAAGUAUAAAAAGAAAAGAAAUUGAAAGUAUCAAAAUUGGAAACAAAAGAAAUCUGACACUAAUUGUAGAUGGUUUUCUUAUAGUACUGAAAUAUAGGGAACCACAAAUAAAUUAUUAGACUCAAUAUGGGAGGUGGACAAGCAUAACACAAUCAUAUGAAUAAAAAGUCAUUUGCAUUAUUAUAUAGUAGCAACAAUCCGAAAAUAUAAUUAAAGUAAUGGCCUUCAUAAUAGAAUAUAUAUGACCCAUAGUAUUGAGCAAAUGGACCUAUCAGACGUUUAUUGGACCUUUCACCCAACAGAUACAGAAUACAUAUUCUUCUCAUUAGCACAUGGAACAUCUUCUGGUGUAGACCAUAUCAAGGCCAUGAAUAAAGUCUCAGUAAAUUUAAAAAGAUUGAAUUCAUGCAUCUUCUCAGACCACAAAAAAUAAAAGUAGGAAUCAACAACAACAACAACAAAAAAGUGAACAUUUAGAAAUGCAUGGAAAUUAAACAACAUGCUACUGAAUGACCAAUGGGCCACUGAAGAAAUUAAAAAAGGAAAUAAAAAAAAACUUUCUUGAAUGAAAAUGAAAACACAAUAUAUCAAAAACUGUAGGAUAUAGCAAAAGCAGCAAAAUGAGAGAAGCUUAUAGCACUCAGAGUAUAUGUUGAAAAAAGAAAAGUCUCAAAAAAUGAUCUAAUGAUGCAUCUUGAAGACUUAGGAAAGCAAGAACAAAUCAAACUCAAAUUUAGCAGGAGGUGAGAUAUAAUAAAGAUCAGAACAUAGAUAAAUAAAAUGAAACUAAAAUGUACAAAAGGUCUAUAAAACAAAAGGUUGGGUUUCUGAUGAGAUAAAUAAAAUGAAACACUUAGACUUGUAAAGAAAAAGAGCAAAAACUAAAAUAAAUAAAAUUAAAUAUGAAAAAUGAGACAUUAAAACAAACACCAUUGAAAUGGAAAGGAUCAUAACAAACAACUAUGAAAAACUCUAUGCUAAAAGAACUGGAAAACCGUCCCGGUUGCCCCUCUUCCAGGCCAGCUCUCUGCUAUGGCCCGGGAGUGCAGUGGAGGAUGACCCAAGUCCUUGGGCCCUGCACCCCAUGGGAGACCAGGAUAAAUACCUGGCUCCUGCCUUCAGAUCAGCGCGGUGCUCCGGCUGCAGGGCGCCAGCCGCGGCGGCCAUUGGAGGGUGAACCAACGGCAAAGGAAGACCUUUCUCUCUGUCUCUCUCUCUCUCACUGUCCACUCUGCCUGUAAAAAAAAAAAAAAAAAAAAAAAAAACUGGAAAACCUCAAAAAUAUAGAUAAUUUCCUGAUAAACUGUAUAAAAUGAUAUGCAUUGGUUUCAGAGACACUUUUUAAUUUGUUUUAAGAUUUCUGCACACUUGGGCAGCAAGGAGAAAGUAAAAUGUUAUUAUCACUUCGGAAAUUAAAUUCUGAAUUUUUAAAUUUUUCUCUCUUGCCAAAGAAAGAUUAAACUUUGUUAUUUGGAGAACAAUUGACUAAUAGCAAAAAUAAUUUAUAAAUUGUUCUCAGUAUUUAAUACUAGCUAUGCUUUAGGGCCUUCCAGAAUCUUCUAAAUAAUGUAUUACAACUAAGGACUAACAUGUGGGUUUAUAUUCCAUUUGCACAAUAAAAAUUAGAAGCAAUAUUGUCCUAACUUCUUUGAGUGGAAAGAAAACACAUUAGUUCUGUUCUUAGACUGCCGAGCAAAGUUAAAGUCAGUCUUAAUAAUCUUUAUCUAAGAACCUUGCUUCAGUUUGUUAGUAUACCUGAUUAUCUAGUUUACAUUAUUUUAUAUAAUAAUGUUUUAUGCUUUUUCAUUGUUAAUAAUCUCUGGAUACUUAAAAAGUUUGUGUAAAAUGGAAUUAAAAGAUUAAUUCAUUUUAGUUUGGUGCACUCUCUGUCUCUCUGUAUCUGCCUUUAAAAUUGAAA